AUGGCUUUCUCGUUGCUCCUAGCUGCCUCCGGCCUCGUCGUCUUCUCUCUGUUCUCGAUAGUCCAGUGGCUUUUAACAUGUCGACGUCGAAGUCAUAUGAAGAGACAGAACGGCUGUCUGCCUCCCAAGAAGCUGCCUCAGCUGGACCCCAUCAUGGGGACUGACGUCGUCAUGCAGAACCUCGGGGCGGCAAAGAAGUACGGCUUCCUCGACCUCCUCAGGACUCGACAUGCCGCCAAUGGCCUCACCUUUACCACGAACACCUACUUGCGGACCACCAUCAACACGUGCGACCCAACACUCAUCCAGAAUGUUCUGUCGUUCCAGUUCCAGGACUUCGGCAUGGGACCGUUACGACGGAAGAGUGCUUCUCCACUCUUGGGGCGAGGUAUCUUCACCACGGAUGACGAGAUCUGGGCUCACCAGCGUGCUCUGAUCCGGCCAAGCUUCGUUCGAGCCCAAGUUACGGACUUCAGCAUCUUCGGCCACCAUGUAGAUCAGCUCAUCGCUCUUAUUGCACGCCGUAACUACGAGGUAGACCUCCAGCAGCUAUUCUUCCGCAUGGUACUCGACUCCAACAGUGAAUACAUGUUCGGAGAGUCCGUUGGUCUGAUGUCAGAAAAUGCAUCUGAAGCUGCCACCACGUUUCACCACGCGCUUGAUUACGCUCAGCAGGGUACUAUCUUACGUCUACGCCUCGGAAAUCUCAUGUUCGCCCACAGGGACAAGAAGUUCCGGGACUCUUGCAGUACUGUCCACGCGUAUGCUGACAAGUUCGUUGCGCAAGCUCUUGAAUACCGACGUCAGCAAUCCAUGCUUCCGUCUGAGAAAAGGGACAAGGAUGAAGGAGUUCGCCAAAAAUAUGUCUUCUUGAACGAGCUCGCCAAGGAUACCGAGGAUCCAAUCAUGCUCCGGGACCAGAUCGUGAAUAUGCUCUUAGCCGCCCGUGAUACCACUGCUGGCUUACUCGCUUUCGUCUUCUUCAUGUUAGCCCGAAGGCCUGACGUGUGGGAUAAGCUCCGGGCUGACGUUUUGGAACACUACUGCGAACCUUUGACGUACGAAGCCCUCAUGGACAUGAAGUAUCUUCGAUAUGUGAUACAUGAGACUCUCCGUCUUUUCCCGCCCAUCGCCACGAACAGCCGCAUGGCUAACAAGGACACUGUUCUUCCUGUCGGUGGUGGCCCUGAUGGAAAAUCGCCCCUUUUCGUUGCCAAGCACAACGUCGUCACCUAUAGCACCUUUGUGAUGCACAGGCGGGAGGAAUUCUUCGGUGAAGAUGCCGAAGAGUUCCGACCCGAGAGAUGGGAGAAUCUUCGUCCCGGCUGGGAAUUCCUACCCUUCAAUGGAGGUCCUAGGAUCUGUCCGGGCCAGAAAUUCGCCUUGACCGAGUCAUCAUACACGAUCGCGCGCCUACUUCACGCAUUCUCCAGGAUCGAGAAUCUAGAUCCGACCGACUGGAGAGAGCAGCUGACGUUAUCAUUGACGCUCAACAAUGGUGUACAAUGCCGCCUAACCCCAUCGGAAUAA